UGUGUUUAUUUAUUAUUUUUGGGAAAACGUUAUUUACUGUUUCUUCUAUUACAAACUGAUUUAAGGACAGAAGUGGCACGUGUAUGUUGGCGUGUUAGUCAACGUUUGAGACUUGCGUUAAAAUGACAUCACACGCGUUACAUGCAGUCGCGAGGUCCAGGCAUGGAGACCGUCUCUGUAGGCUAAAGACCUUCAUUUGUCCCGAAAUCUUGCAGCACACUGUUUGCAUGCUUGACUCCAAGCGAAAGCGCGGACACGACUACUGAACACAGGCGACAGGUUUGGUGGGUUCGCGCCCUUUAUAUUCUAUACCUCUUAGUUUUCCUCCCAGAGGUCCGAUGGGAGCUUCUAUUCCAGUCACGCGCGUGCGCUGAACCUGGGAAACUGGAGCGCGCGUGAUGCUGGCGGCGUCUUUCUUCACAGACACAUAUCACCAGAGAUUAUUGACAUAUUCCCGUACCGACUUUGGAAACCGGAGCUUCGAAACAUAACUGCAAAAUAAGUAAUCCCUGUGAGGACUGGGUCCCAGAAUAAUGCGCUCAAGGACUGGAUGAACGCGCCUCUCCGUUAUUCCCCGUUAUUAUUAGCGCGCGGAAGGAUGGGAUACUCGGACCCGACGGCCGGGCGCGAUUUGCUGGGAAAUAGAUCCCUGUGCUUCAUUUUCAUCUGCGCUUUCGGCGUGGUCACGUUAUUGCAGCAAAUCCUCUACGGCAAGAACUAUAUCAGGAGCACGCAACAGUUUACCCGCCUCAAAGGAGAGGAGGUGGGCAACUGGAGCGGCCUCGUUAGUUACCGUGAUGAUGGAGGGAUGAAGCAACCUGCCAGAAUUGUGAGGAAAAGAUGUUUCCGUCAGAAUUUUCAGCACUCAGAGAACGCCGUAGUUAUCUCUCCCUGCCUAGCCGAUAUUCAGAAGAAAAAAAAAGAAAAGAGAAGGUAUCUGGAGAGUGCUAAUGGACCCCUUCUGUAUAACACCACCACCUGCAAAGAACUGCGCCAAGAAAUCAAAGACAUCAAAGUGCUGUCCAUGGUGAAGACAUCAGAGUUAUUUGAAAGAUGGAAAAAUCUGCAGCAGGCUUGUUCAUGGGAGCUGAACAAAGAAGAGAUCAGCAACUUCAAGAUGUCUCUGUCACGGUGCUGUAAUGCUCCCUCCUUCUUGUUUACGACACAGAAGAACACACCAUCCGCGACUAAACUGCGCUAUGAAGUUGACACCAGUGUCAUCUUGCACAUCAGCCCCGAGAUAUUUAAAAUGUUUCCAGAGGACAUGCCUUACUCUAAAUCCCAGUUUAAGAAAUGUGCUGUAAUUGGAAAUGGAGGAAUAAUUAAAAACAGCAAAUGUGGGAAAGAGAUUGACUCUACCGACUUUGUCUUCCGAUGUAACAUUCCUCCUAUUUCUGAGAAGUAUGCAGCAGAUGUGGGAACUAAGACUAAUCUCGUGACCAUCAACCCGAGCAUCAUUACAGAGAAGUUCCAGAAACUGGAUAAGUGGCGACGGCCCUUCUAUGAUGUCCUGGCAAACUACAUGAAUGCAUCUAUUGUGCUGCCUGCCUUUUAUAAUGCACGCAAUACUGAUGUGUCCUUUCGUGUCAAGUAUGCGCUGGAUGACUUUGGUGGCAAUUUUGCACGAGGUGUUUUCUUCUUCCACCCUCAGUACCUCCUGGGUGCACAACGCUUCUGGGCAGCACAGGGUGUUCGUGCCAAACGCUUAAGCAGUGGCCUCAUGCUGGCCACAGCGGCACUCGAACUGUGCCAGGAGGUUCACCUCUACGGAUUCUGGGCAUUUCCCAUGAACCCAGCAGGCAUAUUCGUUACGCACCACUACUACGACAACGUCAAACCCCGCCCAGGCUUCCAUGACAUGCCACAUGAGCUCUUCAACUUUCUGCACAUGCACGCACGUGGAAUCCUGCAUGUGCAUACGGGGGAGUGCAGGUGAUGGCAUUCACUACCAAAGCUGCCAAAUGGUCAGCCAUUUUUUGUUAAGCGAGGUGCUUCCAGUUGACAGCCAGUGGUGUGAAACUCAAAAUGAGCCUCUGAGUGUGAUUGCAUGUGAAAGACAAUAUUCUUGAGAUGUGCUAAUGUGGUUUCCAUUGAGAUGACUUCUGAUCUGGUUGACUGAAUUCAAGCCAGGGGUCGGAUUUAGUGUCUGUAACACGAUAUCGCUGUCUUUAAAGGCAACCAUUUUGUUUCACACUAUGUUUUUCAUAUAGAUAACAAAUACUUUAGUCUGUGCCGUCGCUACAUGGUGCUUGUUUUGUGCGAGGUAUUUUGUGCAGUUGUUUUUUGUGAAACAUCAAAUCAGUGGUUUUAUUCUGUGAAAAUACCAUGAAACCUCAAAAAGCAUAAAUAUGUCUUAUGCCCACCGUAGAACUAUUUAUCACUUAAAUAUAAAUGACUUAUUAUUGUCAUGAACAAACUCUUGAUAAUAAUCAUGCAAGCGCUUCUCUUUUCAUAAGAUAUUCUUGCGACUCUAAAGAGUGGUUGUAAUAAAGUUCAUGUUCUCAAAAAUAGCAAACAGAUUUGUAUAGAGAAAGGACAAAACUUUUCCUAUCUAGACAGUACCAGCCAAAAAAAACAAACAAAACAAAAACGUCUAAACAGCACUGCAUUGAAAAUAAUGGAGUAAAAGAGUCGUGAAGUGAUGGCCCUGUCACAAUGUUUGAAGUGGAUACACAAAUAUAAAAACAUUUAUAUAUGGAAUAAUAAAAUAAAAAUGCUUAUCAUUCCUGCUGUAUAAUUUAUUGACAAGCCUCUGCAAAUGUAUCAGCAUAAUAAUGUGGGAAUAUAAUCACUUUACAGUUAAUGGUUUAAAUAGUUUUUGGCUAUUUUUAAAACGUUUAAUUAAAACUGUUAUGCAGAAUUUUACAGUGUUAAUUUAUAUGACCCUUUCUGAAUUAUGGAUGAUUUGUCAUAACAGACUGUUUUGACUCUGUUACAAGACUGCUUGGACCACGAUGAACCUCACAGUGAACUGAGGUUUUCAGAAACAGACAUUUCUACAAGACUAAUGAUUUGUAUACAGAGUUUUAAGGACAAAGGGAACUCUAAAAAAACAACAGUUUUUUAAAAGACAUUUUUACCACAAGACAAAAAGGUGGUGUACCAUACAAGUGAUGUCUUAAGAUAUCAUGCAGGAGCUAUAGGUUUUUCAAAACUAUAACAAGGAUGUGACUAAUGAACUAAAAGUUGUCAAUAAAUGGACUUGUAAAUCACAGCCAUUUAGGGAAAAUCAAACUUUGGGAGUUUUUUUUGUGACUGUCUGUCUUUUUCUUUUGUUCUUGUUGCUUUUAUGUGUCAUGCCAUAUUUCCUCCUUGAUGCCACCAUUCUGAAUGGCACUCUUUUGGUUCAUCGGGUACAUUUUAAAAUCUUUUAAAAUACUUAACUCGCAUAUUACAGAACUGCCACUGUUUGACAAAUGUUUAAUGAGUCUCUGUGUGUGGGAUGGGCUUGUAAAUUGUCCAUCUUAUUUUUUUUUAUCUUUCCUAGAAGGCAAUGUUCUGUGUGUUGUGUUUCUGCACAGUCACCAUUAGGAAAUAUGUACACUGAAGCAGAACAAACAUAAUUGAUUCAUUAUGCUCACAUAGAGGUGGUGUCAGGUUCCACUGAAAUGGUGAAUAAUUGAUCACAUUCUGAGGUUGAUCAGUGUUAAUCUGACUAACAUUGUCUGAUUUCUCCAAGGAAGUUCACACAUAGCCUUAUUAAGUAUGUUCUGCAUAUUAUGAACUCAUACUAGAAUCACAACUCAUUCACUUAAGAAUUUGAAUAAGUCAUUAAAAUGACAAAAGGGACAUUUGCGACAUAUAAACAUAGCUUUCAAACAUAGUAUUACUGUACUAUGCACAAUACUCAUUGUCUUUAUUAAAUGUGUAAAUAAAUUCAUUUGGAAUUA